AUGGCGCCUCCGUUCUUAGGUCGAACGUUCUCUAUUUCUCCUCUCGCUCUCAAUAAUUCUCAUUACAUUUCCUGUGGUUUCUUUGCACUUAGAGAGGUGAGAACCAUAAAAGGAAAUUUCUUCUCUAAAGUCUUAAAGCUGCGGAGAAUUUACAUCAAGGAGAGACCUGAGCGCCCCGAGGACACCGGCCCGACUUUCGCUUCUCGGUUCUCUUGGCAGGUUCCCUCCAACAACACAUUAACCCAGCAGAAGACUGGAGCGUCCAAACCAAAAGUGAAGGGGCGCAGCUGUGCUCCUCUUACUGGGGGCUCCGAAACAGAGCGAAAGAACAUCCACAAGAGAGAAAUCCACCGGCAGCGAGGAGGAAUGUCGGCACACAUGCCCAGAAUGUCCCGGGGCCAUGCCCUACAAGGGCUGCUGGGCAUGCUGGGUACAUUAGCCCUAAUGAUCUCUGCCACCACCCCACAGUGGUACAACAACACAGGGCUAUGGGGGAGCCAGAAAUCAUCAGACAGAACACAAAGCAAUGACAAGACGCCCCCCUCCACUGGCAGAGCCCAAGAAGCUCAGUUAUUCUUUUUCGGUAUCUCCCUCAUUAUGGCUGCUGCCAGUUUCUGUACCUGCCUGAUCUUUUUGUUUGGCUGGAAGAAUCCUAAAUAUUUCCAAGAUACUGAACAUGAGCCAAGUCCUGCAAUCCUUUUCUUGACUAUACUUUUACCCACAGGAUGUUUCUUCUCUGUGGGCUGGACUAUCUUUACUGGGCAACACCUGGAGGAGAUACAGAAGAACUGGUCCGGUCUCGGCUUCUCUUACUGGUUGGGCGUCUUAGCAUGGACUAUACUGGUGAUCUGCAUCCCGGUCAUAUUCGUAAUCACUGAAUGUAUAAUAUAUAGCAGAUCGGACUGUGAUGUUGAUCUAACAGUGGGCGCAUUGGAGGUGGAGAAUUAAGCUACAUAGUGGGGCUGUCUGUGAGGGAUAUCCCACAGGGUACACUAAGGUAAUAGGGAGGCCCUGACUGGGGCACUAAUAAUAGGUCACUCUAUAUUUUAGGGGCCCCAACCCCUACAAAACCCAUCAUAAUCAACCUUACUUUUUUAGAGAAACUGCACUCAGUUAUAGGGCUUAGCCAAACAGGAGUGGCCCUUUAAAUGAUGCUUAUAAUCGCAUGGUUAAAUACCAUAUUAUAUGAAAAUAAUAUACAUAUAAUAAUGCAUAAAUUAUAUUUAUUACAGGUAAGAAUAUUAAUAAUUUGGCUGUCACAGCCAUGUUAUAUAUGAUGUAUAGUAUUUAUUCCCAAUAUGCAAAGACAGUCAAAUCUUUCAUAAUCAGCCACUUUGGAGGGAAUGGAAAGUGUUUUAGUCACCCGGUCACCAAACUAUAAGUAGACACUUUCCUCCUACUUUCUUUCUCCAUAUCUGUGAAUGGGUAUGUGUAUACUUACUUCUCUGUGCCUAUUUAGCUCAGUGAUGGAGGCAUGCCGCCUAAGAGUGUUGUCUCAUCAUUAAAUAUAAUAUUUAUUGUGUAGAUCAUAAAAGAUUAAUUACCUUAUAUUUGGCAUUUACAUGCGACCCAAUGAACAGUUAUGACAUUUACUUACAUAGUAUGGCAUCACCUGGUGUUCAUUUACUGACAUAACAUGGCGCCACCUAGUGUUCAUUUACAUACAUAGUAUGGUGCCCCAACUGGUGUUCUAUUUCUUACAUAGUAUGGCUCCACCUGGUGUUCAUUUACUUACAUAGUAUGGCGCCACCUGGUGUUCAUUUACUUACAUAGUAUGGCUCCACCUGGUGUUCAU